UACGAGCCUAGCUAGGAACGUCUAGGCUGCUACAGAGGCUAGCUGCUCUCGCCAAAGGCGUCGUAAACCCCCCCCCCCCCCUGCCGGGGCUGGGCGCCACCGUCGCAGGGCUAGCGUUCUCCGCCGCGGAGGUUGCACGCUGCACCCUGGACAGCAUGCUUGGUGUUCUCCUUCUGGGUGUGCUGGCUCCAGCUGGCCUGGGGAUCUCCGUAUUAGCGGAGCUGCAGUCCAAAGGCAGUCAGUGCAUAGAGCACGAGUGCUUCGCGCUUUUCCAGGGCCCCGUGACCUUCUCCGCCGCCAGCCGGGCCUGCGAAAGCCUGCAAGGACAUCUAAUGACAGUCCGCUCCUCGGUGGCUGCCGAUGUCAUUUCCCUUCUGCUGAGCGACGACAGUAGUAUGGACUCACGCCCCUGGAUCGGCUUACAGCUCCCGCAGGGCUGUGGCGACCCGCUGCAUGUUGGACCCCUGCGCGGCUUCCAGUGGGUUACAGGAGACAACCACACAAGUUACAGCAGGUGGGCGCGGCCCAACGACCCAGCGGCUCCACUCUGCGGCCCGCUGUGCGUCACCGUCUCGGUAGCAACAGAGGCUGCACCGGGCGAGCCGGCCUGGGAAGAGCAGCCCUGCGAGACGCAGGCCGACGGCUUCCUCUGCGAGUUCGCCUUCACAGCGUCCUGCAGGCCUCUGGCGGUGGAUGCCCGAGAUUCCGAGGCUGCGCACAUCUCUAGCACCUACAACACCCCGUUUGGGGUCAGUGGUGCGGACUUUCAGACGCUGCCAGUAGGCAGCUCCGUUGCGGUGAUGCCCCUUGGCUUGGAGCUGGUAUGCAGGGCUCCGCCCGGAACUUCAGAGGGACGCUGGGUUCGGGAAGCGACAGGAGCCUGGAACUGCAGCGUGGAGAAAGGUGGCUGCGAGUACUUGUGCAACCAGACCACAGACGGACCCAGAUGCCUCUGUCCCAGCGACACCAACCUGCAGGCCGAUGGACGUUCAUGCGCAAGACCUGUGGAGCAAUCGUGCAAUGACCUCUGUGAUCAUUUUUGCGUUAACAACCCUAACGUGACAGGCUCUUACUACUGCAUGUGCGAGACAGGCUACCAGUUGGCAGCCGACGGACACAGUUGCGAGGACGUGGAUGACUGUCAGCAGGGGCCCAAUCCAUGCCCGCAGCUUUGCGUCAACACCAAGGGCGGCUUCGAAUGUUUCUGCUACGAUGGCUUUGAGUUGGUGGAUGGAGAGUGCGUGGAGCCCCCGGAUCCGUGCUUCGGAAAUGACUGCGAGUUUCAGUGCCAGCCGGUGAGCGCCGCUGAGUAUCGUUGCAUCUGUGCCGAGGGCUUCGCACCCAAGCCCAAGGAGCCGCACAGGUGCGAAUUGUUCUGCAAUGAAAGUUCAUGCCCGGCGGACUGUGACCCGAACACUCCUGACUCGUGCCAAUGCCCUGAAGGCUUCAUCCUGGACGACGGUGUCACGUGCGAGGACAUCGAUGAGUGCAGUUCAGGCCUCUGCCACCCCAGUGAGUGUCGAAACCUUCCAGGCUCCUACGAGUGCAUCUGUGGGCCCAACACAGCCCUUGCUGGCCAGAUUAGCCAGGACUGUGAUCCCAAGCCUGUUAAGGAAGACAUUGAGGACGAAGGCUCUGGAGAGGCCCCAGUCGGCCCGACGCCAGGCUCUCCGACAGGUCCUCCGGCUGAAAGGCCAGUGCAUUCUGGCGUGCUCAUUGGCAUUUCCAUUGCCAGCCUGUCCCUGGUGGCAGCGCUUUUGGCGCUUCUCUGUCACCUGCGCAAGAAGCAGAGCGCAGCGCGGGCAGAGCUGGAGUAUAAGUGUGCGUCCCCAGCCAAGGAGGUAGUGCUGCAGCAGGUGAGGACUGAUCGGACACUGCAGAAGUUCUGAAGGACUCCUUGCUCCACAGAUCCAGGCUGCCUCUGUCUUUCCUGGCUCUGCACUUCCGUACCUCUCCUCUCCUCCCAGCCUCCCAGCUGCGCUCUCUGAAAAUUUAACAGCGUCCUGGCUGACAUGCUGAUGGGAGAAGAGCCUGCCCCAUCCUCCCAAGACAAGAGAGGGUGGGGAGGCCUUGAAGCAGGAGAGCCCAGCUUCUUCCAAGUUGAUACCGGACCGCUGGGCAGAGGUAGCAAACCCAGUGAAGAACGGUCCGCAGAGUGUCCCCAGGCCCUCACCUCGGGGUGCAGGAUGUGUGGGUGCUGACGGUCUGUAGGCAUGGAGGCAAAUCUUGACCCCACAGACCAGAGAUGGCCCAGAUAUUUAUAUUUGUUUAAGUAUUUAGCAUUUCUUGCCUUCAGUUUUCCUUAGCCUGUAGCUCUCAGCCCCCACCCUUGCUCUCUGCCCCUCCAUUCCUUCCCCUCCUUCCACACUCUCCCUCUCCCAUUUCUCAUUCCCAAACAUGACCUUACUUUGCUUUCACCCUUCUCUCCAGACAGAACUCUUAUGUGAACCAGAAAAGAAACACUAAAAGCAGAAAGUUUUCUUUUUCGUUGGCUUUGGCAAUUUAAUAGGAAAUGUCAGGUUUCCAGUCAAAAUAAUUUUAACAAAAGUUAAAUGCUACAGCUGAACACUAGUUAAUAGUGCUGGAAAGCCGCAGAAAUUAAGGGCAGGGAGGUAGGGGUUUUGUUUUGUUUUCAUUUUUAUUUUUGAAAAGGUGAGCCUGGGCUUUAUUAUUAUUGCUGUUGUUUUGAUUUAGAAUGACAAAAGGUAAUUAUUGUUAAGCAUUUUAUGAAGGCCCCUUUAGUGUUACUAGUUUUGACAGUAUUGAACAUGUUCAGAUGAUCCUUUGUCCAACUUUUUGACAUUGCAAUAGGACAUUGCCAUUUUCAGACAUAUUGGGCUACAUUCAGAGCUUUCCAGGGAUGUAUGUGGUCCUCAGGCUGGACAUCUCUGAAAUUGACAGAUGGAAGCAUCUUCCAGCAAAUCUUUAAGUUGAAUGCUUUGUGCCUAGCUUACACUUAACUGUGAUUGCCAAUUUUAGUCCCAAAAUAAUAGCAAUGUGCUGCUUAGGGAGAUAUGGGAACUUGGUAAUGGAGUAUGUGUGUGUGUGUGUGGGGGAGGUGGGUGCCUAGAUUUUGUCUUAAUGAGACUCUUGAACAAUAUCUUCUACUAUAGAGGGACCUUCUAGUUCUGGCCGCUGGCCUGUAUACAAGAAUUGGGACCUCCCUUGGGAUCUGGCUAGAAUUGCAAAAUCUUAACACCCCCACCCCCAACCCUCCAUACACCCGUGCACCAGUUCAGAAAAAGCUGCAUUUUAACAACUUUCACAUGGACAUUGUCCAGUCAUUUGAGGACUAAACAGUUUUCAACUUCUGGAGAACAUUAAAUGCCGGUUAAUAAUAAGUAGCAUAUGAUGUUAGGCCAUUUAUUAUCAAGAAACUGAGGAAUUUCUCACUGCGUAGCUUUGUUUUCUUGUGUAAAAUAAAAUGACCAGGUACACACACACCUCUAGAUAUUGCCACACAGGGUCCAGAAGGAUUUUGGUUUAAUUAAGGUAGGAAUGAACUCAUAUAUCAGUGUAAGUAACAAAUGUAUCAUAUGUGUAUCUUUUGGAAGGAAUGUUUUUUGUUUUUUUGUUUUUUGUUAUUGUUUUGUAAGCUCAGCAUAUUUGUACAUAUUUAUUUAUUGGAGUUUAGCUGGAACACAGGCAAAGCCUUUGCUUAUGACGUCACAUGUACAAAAUAAACAGAUGAAAAUG